AAACGGCCCGUCCUCACGGCCAUAUAGAGAGGGAACCCCCGGACCCCCGUCCCAGCGCAUAUAUACCCCCACAGAUCCCCCCUUCUGGCCCGUGUGACUCCCUCGCUGCCGUCUGCCUCACCCGCCUCGCCGCCGCCACGUCUGCAGAGUCUGAAACUAAAACGAAGCCAAGAUGUCUGAGGGAAAGAAGAUGACAUCCAGCCGCAGGCAUCAUCUCAAGAGCCUGGUCCUGCAGAUCGCUGCUGCCUGGAUUGAGCAGGAGGCCAAGGACAUCACGGCCGCCAAAGAAGCGUACAUGGCAGAGCAUUGCGCCACCCCCGACCUGAGCGGAGACCAGGCGGCUCUGAUGGAAAUCUGCAAAAAGCUGCACCAGGCCCUCGACAAGAUCGAUGAGGAAAGAUACGACGCAGAGGCCAAAGUGCAAAAGUCAGACAAAGAGAUUGAAGAUCUGAAGCUGAAGGUGGUGGAUCUGGCCGGCGUGAAGAAGCCCGCCCUGAAGAAAGUGCGCAUGUCGGCCGACGCCAUGCUGAAGGCCCUGCUGGGGGGUCAACACAAGGUCACCAUGGACCUGAGGUCCAACCUGAAGCAGGUCAAGAAGGAGGUCAAAGAGGAGACAACCGAUGCGGGCGACUGGCGUAAGAACGUUGAGGGCAAGGCCGACAGGAAGAAGAUGUUCGAGACUUCCUGAAAACCUCCCGACGGACGACAGCGGGGGAGACAUCUCCGACCGAGGUCUGGGUGACUGAAAGUGUCUCUGUGUUCCCGAUGGACGACAGCAGUUUAGGAAGUUUUUUGUUAUUUUUUAUUGUUUUUGUGAUACCGUCGUCCCCCCC